ACUUAGUAACAAGAGAAUAAUUCAAGCAGGCAGUUUAAACAAGUACGUUAGAUUUUCAAAAACAAUGAAUUCGUUAACACAAGUGGAAAUAGAAUAUUACAGAGACGCUUUUAAGUUCUUUGACAGAGACAAGAAAGGCUACAUUACCGCCGAGGACUUUGAUAAAGCUCUGCGACGCAUGGGUAACACCAUUCCAACGGAAGAGGAAGUUCAAAAUUUGUUAAAGGAAUACGAUAUAAAUGGUGAUGGGAAGGUCACAUUCGAGGAAAUGGUUGUUAUGACUGUCAAACGGAAACAAAAUGAGGAUGAAGACCCAGAAAGCAGGAAACUAUUCGAUAAAUUUGAUAGCAAUAAAGAUGGUUAUUUAAACAGAGAAGAACUUGUUGAAGUUUUAGCUCAGUUAGGACCCAGAUUAUCAUCUACAGAUGUGGAAGAGAUUUUACGAGAUUAUGACGAGAAUCAUGACGGUCUAAUACAGUUUUCAGAAUUUGAGAAGAUGCUGAUACAGUGAUGUACCUUUAAAAGCAGUUUCUGGCGAAAAACCAGUGAUUUGAUUAUUCUAGCUACAAGUGUAAAACAAUGACCUUGAGGAUUAUAAAAUUGUACAAUUGUGUAGACACUAUAAAUGUGAUAUCCUGUCAACUAUAUAAGCUUUAAUUUCAUACAUGUUUUUCAAUUUUUAAAUAGUUAUGUUUCGUGAUUUGCAAAUUAUCAACUCAUUAAAUACUAGCACCAUUUUCAAUUAAGUUCCC